GUUGAAAAUGAGCGCAUUUCGAUUAGCCUUCAUAUUGAUCGCAGUAAAUGUGGUCACCGGUGAGGCUAAUAAAACUUCUCCAGAACUUCCGGAACCUAAAAACUUCAAAUUUGAAGACCAACCACAAUCCUACGUUCUUAUAAGAUUUGAAGACCAAAACCAAGACUUUGACGGAAGUUACAACAAAAUAGAUGAAGGACAAAGGAUUAAAUUUGAAACUGAUAGUUUCCAAGACAAUAAGUUCCAACAAUAUGAUUACCAAAACAUAGAAGGACAAAAUAUUAAGUUCGAAGAAGACAAAGCAAUCCAAAGACCUAAUAAGCAAAAGAAGAAACGCAGAAGAAGACCAAAGAGGUUGCCAAAUGGAGCUCAAGGAUUUAGAUAUCCAGCACAAUAUCCUGGAUCAGCUGCAUAUCCUGGAGUGCCUAUAUAUCCUGGACCUAUGUUUGGUCCUGACCUAUCUAUCCUGGCUUGAAACCUCAUCAACCCUAUCCCGGACCACUUUACAGGCCUCGCCCCUCUGCCACAUCAGCAGCCCUCACAGCCGUCACAGAAGCCCUAACUUCCGUGGCAUUGUAUGACGACGCCCAAUGCGUGCCCAGGCUGCUUUGUGAGGCGGCUGGUGGCGGGUCCAUCCCUGGAUCUGGGAUAUUGCAGUCGGUUGCUGGGCUACAACCGUUGCUUGCUUUACUCUCGGCUUACAAUGGCAUCAGCUCAUCUCCCCUCUUCGUCUUCGGACGGGCCGUCUUCCUGGGCAUGACCUCCAAGGAUAACCCUGGAACCUGUCGCUACGCCUACCCCCAAUGCCCCAAUGAUCCUGAGCAGCUGGUCCACUAUUUAAACAACCAUAAUGGAGGCUUCUUCAGGUUCUUCGCCGCCCCACAACUGAAUCAACAACAGGGACUAGAACAGUUCUACAACCAGCUAUCUGGACAGAAUUAUGGAUUCUAUCAACCACAACAACCGUUACAACCUAACCAGUUCCAAAACCCGAAUUUGCAACAAGGAUACGGCCUGCAGCAAAAUCAGGGUUUAUAUGGUCAACAGUUUGGUCAAUAUAAUCAGCAGUAUGAUCCUCAGCAGUAUCAGAAUCCUAAUCUCCAAGGUUAUGGUCUCCAACAAUUUUAUCAGAAUUAUCAAAAACCAAAUCCAUAUAGCAAUGGAUAUGGCUUGUAUGGCCAGAAUUAUCCUUAUCAAAAGAGUCUGAAUCUAACCAGUAUUGAAAACAAAAUUCAGAAAAGAAUACAAAAUGUAAAAAAUACGGUGAUUGUUGACGUCAGUUCUAAACCAAAAUGGGCUUUUCCUGAAGAUGUUUCAAACAGGGAUGUUUAUAACAAUGUAAAGUCAGGAAAAGAUUUAAAAUUUCCUCAAAAUAAUCUGAACUAUAUCAACUCCAUCGCAGCAGGGAAAGGUUUUGUUUUCCCUGGCAUUCAAAGUAAUAGAGAAUAUCCAAAUGACAACAUUGAGGCAUUUGAUGAUUUUGCACAAAAUGAGGCUGAUGAUUUUAGGCUUUUUAAUCAGAAUUAUCAGAAUAAUCAUGGGACAUUUAAAGCUGGUGUAGAUAGUAAUAAUGAUGAUGGUGUUAGAGUUUUGUAUGUAGUCAGAGGUAACGGAGACCCGAAUCAUCCUGAAAUUGUGAGACUGGCUCCUGGUCAAACUUUGUAAGACCUGGGUAAAAAAUGAAAAAUUAAAUAAUGUAGGUACCUAUGGUUAUGGCACGUCAUACUUAUAUUGUAGUAGAAUUUGUUAUCUCCAUACUUACUUACGUACAUAUACAGUAUGUAAACUAACGAAAACCAUUUACUGUAACCCGUAAAUGUCCAGGUGAUACUGAGAAACUUUUACUAUGGGAUCAACCCCGA